UCCGUUUGAACCGGACGUCGAAAGUUGGAGACUAAGCGUCAGAGGGAAUUACGGUGCAAGCGUGGUGACUUCAAUCGGUAGAGAGAGGUACGAGCACCUUCUCGCGAGGAGGUACAGACGGAGUGAUCUCACUCCCAGAAGUUAGCCGGUCGGGACUAGGUUUGCGCGGGAGGUGAAGAGCGCGACACGAGCAGCGAGAACGAGAGACCAGGAGGCACCUCGGGAAACGGAGAGAAACAGGCGUACGAAAGAGAGACAAAGACGAGUAGAGGCUGAACCAGGUGGAGGGAGUGACUCGAGGCGUUAGCAGGACCGCGAGAGAGGAGGUAGAGGGAAAGGAGACAGAGAGUCGACCAAGAGAAGGAGCGGUGGGAAUUUAUAAGGAUGUUCGCGAUAAUGCCGAUGGAGACAGAGGGGCACGGCAGGGAGUUCGGCCGCCGGCAGAAGAUGCGCGCCAAGUGCACGGUAGAGUUCGUCUGCAAGUACUGCCAGCGGCGCUUCACGAAGCCUUACAACCUCAUGAUCCACGAGCGCAGCCAUAAGGACGACGUGACCUUCACUUGCGAGGUCUGCGGAAAGUCCUUCAAGCGGCAGGACAAUCUCAAGCAGCACAGAUGUGGGUGGCGGUGAGCGGGAGCUCUGAACCUCCUGCACCUUGACACACACACAAUGUACACGCAACAACAUCAACAUCAUCAACAACAAAACUACAACAUCAACAACAGUCUAUAACAACAGAAAAUUAUAACCACGUUCUUCUAUCGUUCGAUUUUACUCUAUAUAUAUAUAUUUUUUAAUUGUUUUUUUUUUCUUUUUUUUUUGUUUCUUUUUUGUUUCUUCAUUCGAAGAUUUCCCGCAUAUAUCCCGAUCACGAGGGCAACACAUGAUCGACUCUCGCGUAUCGUGUACCGCCACCACGAAAUGAUUAAGAGCCCCCCAGCAUGCCAAGCUCUGCUACUACCACCUACUUAUAUUCUUCUUCUUCUUCUUCCUGUGCUCUUCUUUUGCUACGAUCUACGAUCGCGAAUUGCCGCCUCACUACUUCUACUGAUACUAACAGCAGCGCGCACGAAAACCCUCUCUCGCGAAACGGUUGGAAUUGAUUUGCUAAAUAGGAGGAGAAAGAAAGUGGUGAGAGAGGAAACAGUUUCCUUGAAGAGUACUUUCCUCAUCUUCCGAUUUCUACCAUCUUUGUUCCAGGAGCAUACACUCUGUUCCCUACAAGGGCUCCAACGGAUACUCAAAUGGUUAUUCGAAUGGCUACUCUAGGUAUUAGAAGCCAUCCGGCCAAUUAAUAUCCUAAAAUCCCGUAGACACGCGUUUCUCUGUUUCUGAUUAGGCUAUCUUUCUGAUCGCGCGGUACUGUCGACCAGUCCUUGGAAUUUCGAUGGAAACCUUUUCUAAACAUUCAUGCUUCUCUGUACGAACGUCGCAGACACGAACACGUAAUCAAAACUC